GAAAACACCAAAAUAGGUGUUUUCAGACAAAAAGAAAAAAAAAAAAGAGAAGAAGAAAAGUGAAGAGAAUGAAUAAAAAUCACACAGGGUAUAUUGCUCUCGGAUGAGAGAACUUCUCCUCCACCACAAUUAAUCAGAGGGUUGGUCCUCGAUCCCUGGUAUAUGUUGCUGGAAUCCCUUUGGAUUCGCUAGAAGGAGGAUUUCAAGGGUUUUCCAGUGUAACUUGACAUUUGAUUACGAUCGGUGGAUUUGAACUUGUCAAGGGUUCUCCGGUCUGCUUGUUUUCGAUCGUUGCGCAAUACCCCCACCAUGUACAGGAAAUCGAGAGGAAUUUAGGGAGGGGAGGUUGAGCUUCCAGUUGUGCAUUUACCGGUUGGUAUUUGUUGGAAUUCUAAUAAUUUUUCUAGGUAUGUUUAGCUCGAUUACAGGGUUAUUCGUUUAUUCUGUUAUCUUUUAAUUUUUGUACUAAAACAAAGUAAAUAGGGGAAGAGAGGAGUGGCAUAGGCAUAGGCAUAGCAUAGUGUAUAGAAGAAGGUGAGACGAUGGUAUCUGUUGAGGGCAACGGUGGUUUGAUUGUGGGGGCGGACGAGACUAACUCCGAAGACCCCGUAUAUAUCGAUAUGGAAGCCCAAGAGAUUGGGAUUGAUGGUGCAACGAAUGGACUUGAAGGUUUUACAUCAGACAAAGCGGAAGCAAGUAAUGUGGUAUUUUCUAGAGAAGGACCCCCCUUUUUAAGGAAAGAGUCCAGAAUGUCCACUACCUGUAGUUGCAGUACCAAGAAACUCAAAUCUCGAGUUGCCAUGAUGGAUUCCAACCCGGAGAAGAAGGAGAAACCUGGGCAAGAGAAAAAGCUCAGUAGACAAGAUAGGAUUGAAUUGGGCCGCUUGUUUCAGAGCGCCGUGAGUUCCCAUGAUUGGGAACUUGCAGAGAGUCUGAUCCUGUUAGCCGAUCCACAAACUCUGAAUGAUGCUUUGUGCACUACUCUGGAUUCAAUUUGGUUUUUGACCACACAACAGGAGCUUUAUGGGAUAACGGGGUUGAUUAAGAAAAUCAUUGUCAAUGGUGCAUAUGACUUUACAAGAGCUGCCUUGAGGACUUCAUUUCUUGCUUCAUGUGUUUCUGCUUGUCAGAGCCGAACAAUGAGCCUUGCAGAUACAGUCACUCUAAUGGCCCAAAGGCUGCAUGAGCGUCUCCAGGAAUGCAAUGGAGAUGAGGUCUUAAAGGCAGAAGCUGGGGCCAAGGUUCAAAAGUUUACCGAAUGGGCUCUGAAAUGUAUAGGCUUCCAUUCUCGUUGUCAGGGUAAUAAAGAUAGAGUUAAUAACAGUUCAGGUGUUGAAAUUCAACUCCAGUUAUCUGCAUUUAAGAUAUUCCUAGAUAUUGCUGGUAACCAGCUAUCUGGGAAAGACUUCACGGAGGCCUUUGAUGCUGCUUGCUUUCCCCUAACUCUCUUCUCUACUUCGUUCUAUCCUGGCUGGGCAUCUGGGAUAUCAGCAACUGCAAUUCAAGGUCUGCUGGGUAUGCUGGUGGAGGGGGGUGCAGACAAUGUUAAUCAGUGUUUCCUUGAAGCCUCUCGUUUUGGGAGUACAGAGCUUGUGCGCAUCUUAUUGCAGAUUGCCCAACGGAACAGUUUGGAUGUUGAUGUUGACCUGGCGUUGGGUUUUGCAUCUCACUACUGCAAAAUUGGUACUAUGGAAUGUCUUGUGGAAGAGGGUAAUGCCAUAGCCUUCUUGGGCCCUCUGAUGAGAGCUGCAGAGAGGGGCUGUAUGCAGGUUGUUGAGUGGUUUGUGAAAAGGGGUUGCCGAGACAUGGAGCUGUGCCUUGCUCUGACAGCUGCAACAUCUAGCAGCCAAGUUGAUAUUGCUGCCUAUCUCCUUCCUCAUGUUCCUCAUCAUGUUCUUGCAGCACUAAGCAUUGAAAUUCUGAAGGCUGCUGGUGAACGAAGUGGUGGGUCUCUUGAUGGUGUUGCAUUUCUUCUCCAUUCUGACUUCUUAGGAGACCCUGCAGCUACUUAUGCUGUUGCUGACAAUAUUGCUCGGUCUGAUGACGAGGGAGUAGCUCAUGAGCUAAGAGCUUUUCUUAGAGAGCACUGGUCUGAGGAAGCCUUCUUGGAAGGAAGAAGACAAGAACAAGAACAUUACCUGAACCUCGUGAGGAUUUUAAAGUGGGGUGGAUCUCCUAUUUGCUUAAGAGAUCUUCCAUCCCCACUGAGGAUAACAAUUGCUUACCUGCCACUGUAUAGGGAGUGUGUUAAGGCAGGUGGCUGUUUGUUGUCACAAAGGCUGAGAGGGCAGCUUAUUGAAGCUGUGAGAGCGCUUGGUGGUGGGGUCUUAGAAGGGGUGAGCCAGUGCAGAGAGCUCUUGGCUUUUCUGGAGCACCAUCUUCCUCCGUUUUUACUUGAACCGCCGAGCAUUGUGUAGCAAGAUUUCUCCCCAAUGUUUUGGUUUUCGCUUCUGUAUUUUCCGUCAAUAUCUGGCAUAUGUAAUGGAUAAUAACAUGUUAAGCGGGGUCAGGUGACAAAGCUGAGAUUUGCCAAUUUUCCGUAUAUGCAAUUAGAUUACUGCACGUCUACAUGAACAUAUUCUCGUCUA